UCCCAAACGUGUGGUUGGCGGCACAAGACUGGAUUAUCAAGCAGUCUUGUUACCGCGCGAACUUUGACGCACUCGUCUCCGAGGUUCAAGUCAAGAUCGCACGAGCCAAGCGCGAGAACGACGAAAUGGCUCGACACGAUUUGCACUAUGAGCGUGCAGAGAUCGUGCUGAAUCUAUCGGAGUUUGUACAACCCUCGAUUGACAACCAGCCCAGCGGCAGUGAAGGCCCCGCCAAGGAGAUUCAGGACCUGAUUGACCGUCUCGAAGACAACUUUGCUGCGCUCGCCCCGGAAGAGGGUGAAAUACAGGGUUUGGUGGAUCAGGCGUCGCAGCUGAAGGACCUUGCAGGUCAGCUUCACGGUCUGUUCGAUAUAACAUCCAACUUGGUUUCUAUCGCCAGUAUCAUCCAGGAACGACAAGCCGACGCCGAGAUGGAGGCGGAGGGCCUGGACGCGGCUAUCAACGACAUGGGCAAGGACACUCCCGAGGUGGCUGCCGAAGAAGAGGACAGCGACGCGGAGUUUGAACGCACGUUCACAGAGUUGCAGGCGAAGCAAGCGAGGCUGAAGGAGGCCAUCGAUAAUUUCCCCACCGUCGACGUCACCAAGGCUCUGACUACAAGCCCUAAGCCUUAUGUGUACUCAGACGUGCUAUCAGACGAGGUUAGGCAGGCGCUGGAGAGGAUGUCGCAGCGCGUGAAAGGCUUCCCGGUCACCGAUCAGAAAGCUUUUGAACAGCAUAAGCGGGAUGCGAGAUGACUUGCUUAGCAAGGAAAGAGGAAAUUGGUAGUGAAGACGCAUCGAUCGCAAUAUCAUGAGGAC